CUAUCAGGUGAUCAAAUGUCAUUUCGAUAAAUGGUCAACCAACCCAAAAUGUUGUAUCAAGAACUGGUAUCGUAUUUGCUUGCUGAUACGGACAUGAGCAAUUUUCAGAGAUGACAUGUUUACACACAAAAGGUAGUUAAGAUACACAACUGUGGUUCAGAGACCAAUACUUUCUAUAUAAACAAUAUUUUACAAUCCUCACUGAACAAUAAUACAAUGGUGGGCAUUUGCCGGACAUCACAUGGGCACCGGCCCAACAGAAACCACUUCACGCAGUUUGCGCUCAGCUUCCUUCUCAGAACCUAGCUUACGUUUUUCCUGACGGCGACGUUCUGCCCCUAUCUCGGCGAACCGUCCACGUGCGCCAUGUUUGAUUUUGGUGAUCAUGUCGGUCGCUGCACCCUUGGUGAUAUCGGUUUCUGUCAAGGGUUCUUGGUUCUGCCCCCUAAUCUUGUUGAUGAAUUCGACCUGACCUGCCGUGGCAGGACCAUUGCGCCAUCUUUGCUUCCUUGAGAUGAAAAUGUGAGGGAAAUUCUCGGACGCGUAUUUGUCACAACCGUGGACCGCAUCCGCAAACGUCGUUGCCUUGAGGAUCUCGCGGGGUGCUGCAAACGGCGAUUUGGACAGCCCGACGGGAAGCGCCCUAACCUCGACGGCACGGAAUUUGGGGAAUCCCUCUGCCUCGGCGGCCAACUUUUCGAUUCGGAGAAACGUCCCCCCGGGACCGGAUAAAACAUAACGAUCACGUCCUAUUUCAACCCAGCAAUACUCGCUCAGUGAGCGAAUGUGCUUCUCUCCCGAGGUGUCUGAUAUCAGAUCGAGCACAGACUCGUAUUCUGUGAAAGCCAACGACGAUAUGUUGACGCUUUUCGGUUUCUUGUGUGCAGGGCCUAAAUCAUUCGCCGUGCCUGUCUUUGUUCCCUCGGCGGCCUUUUGUUCUUGCAGGUCGCGAAGCUGAUCAACCGUUGCGUUGUUCACGAGCUCUCCAGGGUCCAAGCCAAACAAAGUUGGGGUGGUGACAAUGCCAGUCUCCAAGCUUGACACCAUGUCAAUUAUCUGACAGUUCUUCUUGCCAGGGUGUAGUCGCAUUCCUCUUCCGAUCAUCUGGACGAGAAGAUUCCUUGACUUUGUGGGCCGAGCCAGCACCACGCAGUCGAUAUUGGGAAUGUCGGUCCCCUCAGUGAAGACGCCGCAGUUGACAAGCACUGGAAAUUUCCCUGCCCUGAACUCUUCUAGGCGCUCGCUUCUUUCCACCUUGUGCGUGUCUCCCGUGACAAAUCGAGCGUCUAUCCCAAAUUCUCGAAACUUUUGUGUCAGACCGUUUACGUGGGCAAGGUCUACACAAAAGACGAGAGUUGACUUUCGGCCUGGUGCUUUUGCCAUCCAGCUCCUAACUGUGAUCUCGUUCACCUCGUUCGUGUUGACCGCGCGCGAAAGCUCAGACGGCAAGAAAUCCGCGUUGGCUCCCGUCCUCGCUCUAGAUAUGUCUGCAGAGGAUUCCACCGUCGUGAACAAGACGUCCGAGAGCCACUUGUCGCCAAUCAUGUCUACAUAGUCCUUGUGGUAAACGAUUUCAUCAAUGGCAGCGCCGAGUCUGAGGCCGUCAAACCUAGAAAAUGUCGCAGACACCCCGACCAGGUGCGGAGAGGUCUGCUGCUUGCUAGCGAGGCCGAAAUGGGCAAGGGUCUUGAGAUACCCGGGAGCCACGAUGUGGUGAGCCUCAUCAACCAGGACAAGCUUGAAUCGUGAAGCAUCGAAUUUGGCCAUGCGAUCUCCAGAGAUGAUACUCUGCACACUAGCGACAGUGAUGUCGGCAAGACCAGACGAAUGGGUCGAGCCCAUUUCUAUUUCGACGGUCUUGUCUGGAUACGCAUUGGUACAGUGUCGGGCAGCCUGCUCCACGAGUUCCCGCCUAUGCGCGAGGAUCAAUGUUUGUGUGGCAGUCUUUGAUAUAGGGGGCACCCUAUCUAUAAGUUGUGUGAAGAUAACCUUGAGUCGGUCUGGUCAGCAGGGUGCAAUAGAUCUGGCAGCUCUCAACUUUGUUUGGUCUCUAAAACUAGGAGUGGGUAGCUGGCACGUACAGUCUUUCCACUGCCUGUCGCUAGCGAUACACCAAUACGCUUGUGUCCAUUCUCCAGGGAUGAAAGGACAGCCUGUAUGCACUCCUCCUGAUAGGAGCGCAGGCUAAUUCUGGGUGACGCCUCGGCGAGUCUGCGUGACGUGACACGAUACAGAUUCUGGCUACAAGCCGAAAAGUCGCGUCUGGGUUGCACCCACCGCCGGCCGCCUACCAACCGUGCUACGUAUUUGAGCAUUUUACCAAUCUCACAUCGCAGCCAAACAAAAAUUUGCAAUGCGGGUUGCCGGUGGAGGUGUACUGGAGGAUAAAAGGGCACCAAAUGCUGUUUUGUUCGUACGAGCUCAAGAUCAAAGCAUUGUUAGCAACUGCAAGAAAUGUACCGUAUCCACUGGGAGUGGAACGCAUUCGAUCGACGAAUCACACAAAAACAAAUGCCAGAUCUGGGUCCACCUUGGGCAAUUGGAAACUUCUCACUCAAUCAGCAAAUCAUUCACGCCUGGAUUCAUUGACAUCAAUCAUCAAAUUUCACUUUGCCAAGGCAAUUUAAAAGUCUCAGCCAACCCCGAAUAUACUUGACGCAUAAUUAUUCGAGGUCGUCAAGCGUGCUUGAUCUUGAUCACCCUUGUACCGGAGAAGAUGCUACUUCAUCGACAUUUGUUUAGUCCGUACUAUUUACCAGCGCAAAAUCGCCCAUCUUCCCAUUCACAAAGCUGCGUGUUCCCGCCCUCAUAAUCACAGUACGGCGACCAUAUGUAGCUACAUAAAACCAGAACCAUGGCAUCAAGAUGGAAUCUUCGCGCCCGCACCCCCAGACAACAAUUCCGCAGUCCAUCAGGGCAGGGUUCAGAUAUGCAUGAUGUUUUUCUCUCAGAGCCCGAGUCCGCCAACGACCAGAAUGCCUUGUCGUCUGGGGACGAGCAUGUGCAGGGAGGCUCGGGUGCUAGCGAGCAAGAACAGUACGACGAGGAGCAAUUUGCUCAACGGGUACCGUCGCAUAACCCCGAGGAAGAGUUCUCGUCGCCCCCUGGCUCGGAAUUCUCGCCGGAGCCUGAUGGCUCCCAGGAUGGCUCAGAUCUGUCUGGUGCUGAAGAAGCACUGGAUCAGCUUGACUUGAAAAAUUUACCGGAGAAAUCACUCAAUCGCUCAGGACUCAAGAGGUCUCGGUCCGAGGCUGUUCACUCCGUUGACCAGCUCGACAUUGCUCCCCGCCCUUUCAAACGUGUCAAGGGUGCCAUCAACCACCAGUACAUUGGCAUGUUGAAUGCAGACAUUCAGGACGCCUGCGAUUCUCAUGUGCCGCACCUUUGGCCAGCACUUCCCCCAUCACAGAUUGGACUUACCUUCUGGGACCCGGAUGAGAAGCAUUUCUUCUUCGAAGCUCUCGGGCGCCUCGGCAAGCAUCGGCCCCAUCUCAUAGCCCGGCGUGUCGGUACCAAGAGUGAGAUGGAGGUGCGUCAGUACAUUGAACUCUUGGAACAAGGCAAGAUUCAGCGCAAGAAGGCCGGUCAGCUGGAAGUAUUGGCGGCACACGAAAUUCCUGCUGCGGUGGAACUAAGUCAGGAAUGUGUAGCAGCGUUGGAACAUGCUGCAGACGCUGUAUCGCUUCGACAGGAAGCACAUGAAGAGACAUCGCAGUAUCGGCGUCGUCCUAACAGACCGUUUUUACUUAGUAGUGAAAACUGUAUAGACCUGGUCGAGGAGGCCAAGAUGGAGGCCGACGAAGCUGAUCCCCUCCAUUUUUUCAAAGUCAGAAAUUGGCUUGACUUAUCAGCGUGCCUCUUCAUGAAUGCAGCUUACGAGGAGGGUAACUGGCAGAGCAUUUCUCACGAGCCACCAUCGAUCCGCCUGGAUACUCUAGGCGAUUUUUACUCUCUCGCCAGGGCCAUCACACGAAAACUUGUGGCCGAGGCCAUCUUCAAUGCCAAAGCAAGCAAUCGCGGUCGCGCCCGACGAGCCGGACGACUGACUGUGCGGCCCUCACAUAUUCCAGCUCCGGGUCAGGUUGAAGUUAAGAAACAGCUUGCAGGCCGCGAGCUCUUUUUCGCCGGAUGUGCGCGACGGUUGAGACUGGUGGUUGUGGACGACGACGACGACGCAGAUAUUGAACAGGAUGAAGCGGACCUCGAGGCCAUGUCUAACGAUGAAGUGGAGCGCAGACUUUCGAGCAGAUUAAGGGUUAAACAUGAGGCAGAGGAAGAAGAUGGCGAAACAAUAACGGAUACCGAUAGUUCUGAUGAAGAACUCCCGGAUUCGGAGGUCAACGAAGAAGACGUACCUCAAGAACCCAAAGUUGCCGAUGAAGGCUCUUCGCCUGUUGCGGGCCAUGCCAAUGAGGACCAGUGGGAUGAAUCUGGCAACUCCAUUUCCUCUGUGGAUAUGGAAGACUCGGAUGUGGAGGUGGAAAUCGAGGCGGAUGAAGUUCUGAUCCACUCGGCGCUGGGAUUGCCCGCAGACACCAGGUCCAAGAAUGCUUUGCGCCUUCGAGUUCGCGCGGAGCUGGAGCGUGAGGAGCUGGCUAAUGCAGUGGAUCGCCGAGCCGGUUAUAUCGAGGAGCGUCGUAUCUGGGACGAGGUCCUGGGUCGCAAGCCCACCGUUGCUUUGCAAAAGGUUCCUGAAGUUAUCCUCAGACCCAAGACUGCUGCUGCUACUCAGCGUAGGAGGCUUGCAGUUGAGGAUCUCCUACCCUUGUGAUUGUUUCAUAUCGGUUGGAAAUUUUUCACCUCUGAGGUGUAUACAUGUACGCAACAACCCAAUACCCGAUCCCGUUGGAUCACGCAGAAGAAAUCUAUUCAUUAAAGGCAAUGUCAUCUAGCCGCUGCCAAACAGCAGGUCCGUGCGUGUCCGUCUCUCCCAUACCACCAUGCCAUCGUUCUUCCGUUUGAAGUACAGGAUACGAUGCUGCGGGAUGAACUCCUCGUCAGUCUGUUCGCCCUUCCAAGCGUCCAACGCCUUCUCCAUGGCGCCUUUGAAUCUAUCCUCGUAUCCCACCAGAUAAUCGCUGCUAUCCAACGCAGGGUCCCAUCGCAGUCGACUGAUGACAUCCGCCGCAGUCCGGAAUCUGCCGCACGAUUUUGCGAUGGAGACCGCCUGGCCUUGCUCCUUGGCACCCCUGCCCUUCUUUCCCUUCUUCUGCUUCUGGGGACGUUGUCCCGACUCUUGGAUGUCGCUGGCGCUGUCCUCUUCCUCCUCUUCCUCGUCCUCAUCCUCAUCGCCGGCUGUGUAGUUUCCCCAACUUCGCUCAUCAAGCGUCAAUUCACCCAAGUCCGCCUCUUGAAUCACGGACGUGCUCAACCACUGACUCUUGGCAUCAAAGUACUUCUCGUCGCCGCGAAUCAUGUCUUCAAAGCGCUGCAGAAUCGUCUGCAUGGUACCGGCCGCGAGCUUCCUGUCUUCGUCUGUGGCGUCGCUGUCCUCUUCGAGUCCUAUGAGGUAGAAGCCUUGAUAUUCGCGCGUUUCGCCUUGGUCGUCUCCGUCAUUGCUAGCCUCGGGCUCUCCCGCAUCUACCUGCUCGACAAACCGCUGCGGCCAGAUGCGAAAGUUCAGCUGUGGUAGCCGGCGCGACAUGUCGACCAGAAGUAGCGGGCAUCGCGAUUCCAACCACCCGAUGAAUUGCGAGCCCUUGGAAAGCGAAAUGCCCCAGUAUUGUAGCUCAAUCUUUACAAAAGACUUGUAUGAGCUCAAAAAAUCAGCUGCACCGCGGGCUAAGCUAUGCGUCUUGUCUCCCCCUGCUGAAGAAGCCCCGAAGAAGGUAUCCCAUGUCAUACCGUCCUCAUUGAGUAGCUCGUUUGCUUGCGAGAGCUCUCGGGCAAUAGCCUUCAUUGACGGGACCGUCGCAGCCAGGGUGGUGUUGAGCGCCGGAGGGAAAAAGCCGAGAAUGGCGAGGGGCUCGCGAGCUGAACGCAAGUAAUUGAGUUUUUUGUGGAAAAAGGGGUCGAAGGCGAUCUUGUUCCUCCAGUCGAAAGAUGCGUAAUGGGAAAAGAAAGAAGACAGAAUGUCCGGGACCGAAACCUCUUGGCCGUAAUCGCGAGCCAGGAGCUUGCAAACCCGUGCCAGUAGGAUGGAGACCUGGAUGCCGCCCAGAUAGCCAAACUUGGCCGAGUAGAUGCCCCUAGAUUGCGCCCAGGUCUUGAUGGCUCGGUGAGCAAGACGGAAUUUGGACAGGUCAGGGAUAGUCUCGCGGAGAUAGUCUAGGUCACGUAAGGCCUUGAGCUUUCCCAGGGUCUGAGCAGGAAGUGCAAAAAUCGGGUCGUUGGGUGGUAGCUUCAGGACAGCUGGCCACUGUUCUGCAACCGCUGUUGCAGCGCAGUAUUGCAAGUCCACCCUGACACUCAUGACUUCUAGCUCCAGCAUGACGCCAGAAUUAGCACGCACCCUGCGCAAUAGCUUGAUCUCGAGUCCCGACUCCACGGACGCCUUCUUAAUCCUCUGUGUCGUCAGCGCAAAGAAGGUGCUGGAGCUCAAGGGACCGAUGCAGAGACAGUCGAUAUCAGAUGACAAGGUGGAAACGCCGAGGCCCCAGGAGCCUACUGGUACCAUGAUUAUUGAUGACCUCAGACGAUCAUAUUCUGAAGCAUCGCUGACUCCUUCGACAAGAUUACCUGUCACAACAUGCCUAAGUGCGUCGAAGGCGGCUUGACGACGAGGGUUCUCCUCUGCCGCCGGAAUGGCCCCCAUACUCUCGAGCAUGCCUUUCAGCACCUGAGGGUCUCGCAUUGACUCGGGUGCCCUCGCCAGAUCAACUGGGACAAUCAAGGGGCUAACAUCCGUGGAUAUUGUUGCUGCGUCGGUUGCUGCGUCCGAAAGCUGUAGCAAGGCUCUGACGCCCCAGUGAUCACUACCGUAGGAAGUCUCGUGGGUCGCUGCGUUUUCUGUGGGAAAACCGAACCUGUUGAAACCCGAGCUCUCGAGGGUUCCUUCACCCUUGAGCAGAAUCUUGUCAUAUCUCUGUGGUCGACCUCCAGGACCGGUGUCACUGAUUUUGAAGGCAAGCAUGUUGUUCAGGGGGUCAUACGUCGCGCCAUCCUCGCCAGUGCACAUUGACUCUGAAGAGAUCUCAUUACCAGAUGUUUUUGCCUCAUGAGAAGCCCAGGUGUCGACAAGAUCCUCCUGUUCCAACAAAUCGUCGAACCUUGGGAUUUCUUUUACCGACUGUUGCGAUAUGUACCCACCCUUGAGAGCCUCCUUGAUAGUCAAGGGGGAUGUCGUGGUGUUAAAAUCUCCAGCAACUAUCCAAGGAUGGCCUUGAUAGUUCUGAACCAAGUGACUUAGCAGCCUUUCAACUUCUGCCGUUCUUGUCGAUACGGCCUGGUCGCUCAGGCCAUGCGUCAGGUGUACCGAUGCAACGACCAGAGGCACAGACUGUGCAUCCUCCCAGCGGCCGAGGUCUCGGAAUCUGGCCACCACGGAUCCCUUAUGAUCUCGAGGAAAUUGUACCCAUUCCCAAUCAAAAACCACCCUGCUCAGGAAGACAAUGUUUAGAUGGCUAGGAAGAGGCUCGAUGUUGUCUUGAUUGGGCGGUGCGUGCGAUACGUAACGGUACGAAGCAUGGACAUCCUCGUUGGCCAGCAGAUAACAGAGAAAGUCGUCCGUCACCUCCUGCAAGAUGAGAACAUCUGCAAGCGCAUCCUGAGACAAAAUGGUGUUGACCAAAACAGGGUACCGUUCUUGUGAUGGUGGAAAGUCAAACUCGGCCAGGACGUUGUAGCUAGCUACUCGGAGCUUUUUCUGCAUAAACUUUCGGGAAGACGAUGUCUUUGGCAGCGGAGUCCAGCGCUUGGUGUAUUCGUCAAAGGUGUGACAGGGCAUGACCUCGUUCCGAGGAUAUGAGGUCUUGUAGGCCACAUCUUCCGGCUGGGUCACAAACAUGGAAUCUUCGUAGAAUCCCAUCAAGUGAUCGCACCUAGAGAGCGAGCCGGUGCUUAGAUCGAUGGUUCCCCAGGACUUCAUGACGGUGCCUUGGAUGCCCUGAACCCUCACCAAGACGUGCAAUUUGUCUACCUGCCACUCGGACGUUGGCAAAAGAUCUACUUUGCCAAGUCUCGACUUGUGCUGGGAGUCCUUUGCAUCCGUUGACUGCGCAACUGUGAGGUGUGGCCUGUAUUCGCCGUCACUUGGGCUCUGGUGGCCAAGGGCACUCGACACUACCUUCCUCAGAUCUCUCAACCUCUCCACCCGCGUCUCGUCUCCAUCUCUGCGGUAGAUGGUGUUGUGCUUUCUGUGGGAGAAGACGCCAGACGAGUCCAGUCUGACAGCCGGGUUGCAUUCGUCAUAAUGCUGCCUUCUUAGCUUUGCCUCGAGCUCGGAUGCGAUUGCAGCAACUGCAUGGUCAAGGCUUGCCACCUGGACAAAAGGAUAGACUAGGUUUAUAUGAGGUGGCCAUUUCCCAAAUGCGUCGUCGUAUAGGGAUCUGAGCCGAUCGAUUGUGGGCCAUAGUUGCCUAGGGGGCACGAUGCAGAGAGCUGUGUCGUGCGACGUGGUGGGGAUAGCGUGUGAAGCCACUCGGGCUUGGAUUUGAGAUCCCUCCAUGAGGUUGUAUCUUGUUGAGGAUCUCUGCCUGCUUGGCGACCGGAAAUUGUGAACAGAUAUAAUACAAUGGUUUUAAUAAUCACACCUUCGUUGAAGAGGAUGAUCU